AUGACUCUCAGGGUCGCCUCGCUUCUUCAUUUCCUGCUGCUGGUCCACAAGGCCGCGGCGAGAAGAGAUGUGAAAUGUGGCGGCAUCCUCUCUGCUUCAUCUGGCAACCUCUCCAGUCCAAACUUCCCAGGCGUCUACCCGUACAACAUCGACUGUUCCUGGCUCAUCGUGGUUCCGGAAGGUUCUGCUGUGCUGCUCACCUUCUACCACUUUGAGUUGGAGUACCACGCCCAGUGCGCCUACGACCACGUCAAGAUCUACAACGGCGCGCCCGGCGACGAGGGCAACCUCCUGGGCACCUUCUGCGGCGACAGCGCCCCGCCCCCGUUCACCUCCUCCUGGAACGUCAUGUCGGUCAUCUUCCACUCGGACCGCCACGUGGUCCACAGGGGCUUCAGGAUUGGCUACAGGAAGGACAUGUGUGGCGGUGUCCUCACCGGCCUAUCAGGUGUGAUCUCCAGUCCGGGGUACCCUCAGGACUACAGCAACAACGCAGACUGCACAUGGUCCAUCCAGGUCUCCAACGGCACCGUGGUCACCUUGGUCUUCCUGGACUUCCAGAUGGAAAACAACGAGGGUUGUAAUUUUGACUACCUGGCCAUGUUCGACGGACGCGGCAUCGGUCACCGCCACCUGGGCACGUACUGUGGGGCCAACAAACCCCCCACCACUGUCACCACCUCCAGUCAGCUGCUGGUGGUCUUCAAGUCGGACUUCAACAUUGGCGGCCGAGGCUUUAAGGCCUACUACUACUCAGGUGAAUGCCAGCAGCUGCUGUCAGCCGUGAGCGGCAACUUCAGCAGCCCCCACUUCCCCCAGAUCUACCCCAACAACAUCAACUGCCACUGGAGCAUCUCCUUGGCGGCCGGCUACCGCAUCAAGCUCUUCUUCCCCGUCAUGGACCUGGAGGGCCGCAACAGCCUGACGGGCGAGUGCGACUACGACUCGGUGGCCGUGUACGACGGCGGCAGCCAGGCCGACGCUCCCCUGAUGGGGCGCUGGUGCGGCAACGAGAGGCCGCCCUCUCUCGUCUCCCGGGGCAACAAGAUGCUGGUGGUGCUGAACACGGACAGGGACGAGGCACACGGGGGCUUCUCAGCGUCUUAUCUUGGAGUCGUUCCUGUGAACGUGAGCUGCACCAGGUCAGAGUUCACCAUCUUGAUACCCCAGCAGUCUCUACCCCAGCUGGACCGCGAGCGCAUCUACCUGGGCAACCCCACCUGCACUUCCCAGUUGACAGCGACCUCCUAUAAGAUACUCGCACAGUUCGUCAACUGUGGCACCGCCAGCCAGAAACACCGCAACAUCACCAUGCUGGUCAACAAGCUCUACAUCGACUUCUCCGACGGCGAGCAGCACAACGUCCAGGAGUACAAGGUGCAGUGUGACGCCAUGAGGAAGGUGGCCUCAGCCUCCAUUGUCUCGGCCGAAGAGCGCCGCCUGGAGCAGCAGGCCUUGCACGCCGAUGCCGGUGGCGGGGGCCAUGCUGGACGACCCAAAGCAGAGCCCCACGACCUCAGCGAUAUCGUCUUCAUCAGCAUCUGCGUGCUGGCCGUCAUCCUCAUGGUGAUCGCCAUCAUCUGGUUGGUGCUCCUGUAGCGGCAACGUUAGGUCCACCAUGACCGCCGAUUGGUUGCAGUGCACGCUGACAGACCACAAUAUUAGGUACACCCAUCA